AUGCCAGCAGCUCUGCACCUUCAUGAUCUCCCUCCCGAGCUACUUCGUCUUAUUUUAACCUCUUUCGACUCUCUUCCUGACCUAUAUUCAUUCAUCCAGGCAUCGCCUGAAUGUUUUCGCAUCUAUCGGAUUACUCGCGAGUUCAUUCUCUCCUCUGUUCUCAAGCGCGCGAUACAUCAUGAUGCUCUCCACCAUGCAAUCGCUGUAACCCUUGUCGAUCCAGAAGAGUAUAUGAUUAUGGGGGAAGACGAGCAGCACUGGCAGUUUCUUGACAGCUAUUUCCAACGUGACUCUACGCUGUUCAAAUUCCCAACGACGAUGUACGGCAUCAUAACGCUAGCGAAGCUGAAUAACAUGGUGUCGAGACUUGCAAAUGAUUAUACAUGCCAUACAUUACAUGCGUUAUAUGCAAAUGAGGAAACACAGCAAGAUCCCAAUCACCACACAGUUCCAUGCUCAUCCCAUGCGGCUUGCCAAACUGGAUUAUCUUGGACAGAGAAAGGAAGAUUACAGAGAGCCCUCUUCCGGUAUGAGUUUUACUCGCGCUGUUUCCCCGUCAGUCCACGAAUACCCGACGAAUCCAUCUUCGCGGCAGAUGAACAAUUCAAACAUUUCCUUCAACAGAUGGCACCUUGGGAGGUAGAAGAGCUAAGCUGCCUCCAUGAAUAUUUUUGGGUUCGAGCAUCGAGGAUUUUCAGUGAAGUAGAGGAAGAAGUUGUGGUGAAAGUUCUCGAUGCUCAAACUGCAACAGCAUCGACAAUCAAAAAAGCUCAGAUGAAGGAAGCAGAAUCCCAUCGUCAGCUAAAAUCGAAGUCUAUCGAAUGCGAUGAUGGCUGUUGCGAGUUCAGACCCUCGGACGAACGUGGCCUCGAAUUAUUUGGCGAGGAUGAUCGAAGCGCAUUACCAGAUAUCCUAAGAUAUCUAAUCUCCCUCGGAUUGCCCUUUUUACAAUCUUUACUCUUUCCACAAGGUCAAAAGAGAAAAGAUCUUAUCCGUCACAACUACUACGGAGAACGCGAGUUUCUCCCCCACGCAAUAUACGAAGAUCCGAAUCCAUCGCAGAUUCCCAACAAUCCUAAAAAUAUAUCAGACAAUGACAUCUCCCAUGUAAAUUUGGGUUAUCUUCUAUUUAGGCCAUCAAGUAUUGAAGCUGUCCUCUCAGCCAUGGGCAUUGCUAGAUACUGGCCUCUCCGACGGUUAGGAUACGUCUUUUGGGAUAUUGAACGAGUUCGCGACCCAGAGGUUAACGAGAGACUACGCAAUGCAAGAGACUGUGACCCUAAUGUGGCCAAGAAAGCGUUUGAAGAGUUUAUACAGGAAAGCGCGGAGACGCGUUUGAAAGGCAUGAAACUGCCUAGGACUUUGAUGGAGGAAAUUAAGAAUGAUUAUACCGUUAUGUUUGCUGAACCCAUACUAGAAACUGAUUCUGAAUCAGAUAUGCUGGGCUCUGAGGAAGAUUUUGAAUAG